GUGAGCAAGGGAGGAGGCAGCGUCUCUGAUCAACCAACUGUGAUCAUGCGGACAGUGGUGCUCCUCCUCAUUAUGGGAACAGUGGAUCUGAGCAUUGGUCAGUAUUACAGCCAGUUGCAGUGGCUGUCUCAUCUACGAGGACGGCGGCGGCACACCGACUGGCGGGCCGAUGAUGUGGACUGCCCCCUGGAGUGCGACUGCCCUUCAUCCUUCCCCACAGCUAUGUACUGUCACGGCCGCAACCUUCAGCACGUUCCCUAUGUCCCCUCACAUGUCAAGUAUGUCUACCUGCAGCGCAACCAGAUCACAGGCAUCAAAGAUGGCAUAUUUGACAAUGCUACCAACUUGGUCUGGAUUGUGCUGUUUCAAAACCAGCUUAAAUCAGACAUGAUUGGCAAGAAUGUCUUCAGCAAGCUCAAGCACCUGGAACGGCUCCUCUUGGAUCACAAUGAGCUCACACAUGUGCCUCCCAACCUGCCCAAGUCCAUCAUGGACCUGCGACUUGGCCACAACAAGAUCUCAAAAAUCUCCCCCAGCUCAUUCGGGGGGAUGGCCAACCUCACCACCCUUCAGCUCCAAGCAAAUGUUCUGGAGGAUGUUGGAGGUGUGUUCAAGGGACUUAAGUCUCUGACCAUGCUGGAUAUGAGGAAAAACAAGCUGAGGAAAAUCCCUGACAACCUCCCUGAGAGGCUGCAGCAGCUCUACCUGGAGUUUAAUGACAUAGAGAGCGUGCCAGCGGGCUUCCUCACCAUGAAUCCCAAACUGCAGUUUGUGCGCUUAGCUCAUAACAAGCUGACAGAUAAAGGACUUCCAUCCAAUGUCUUCAAUGUCAGCACGCUGUCUGAGCUUGAUCUUUCUUUCAAUAAACUGGAGAAGAUCCCUGUUGUCGGUAGGAACCUGGAGAACCUUUAUUUACACGCCAAUAACAUCAAAGAGUUCUCUCUAAAAAGUUUCUGCAGUACAAUCGACAUGAUAAACUUCUCCAGGCUGCGAAUGCUGCGUUUGGAUGCCAAUGAGAUCAGCGCCAAAGACAUUCCUUCUGAGGCUGCCUACUGUUUGCGGCGUGUUGCCUUUAUUGAUGUGUAGCUCUUCCUGCUCUCUCUCACUCUCUGAUUUGUCUCAUUCAGUGUUUCUUCAUCUGUUUUACCCCCAACUUCUAAUCUCCUGUCACAAUGUUUACCCUAAAUUGUUCACAGUCCACUCCAUGAAAACAGAUUUGAGAUGUGUUUCUUAACUGUUAGGAGAGCUUCUAUUUGUCCAAAUGAUUAAACAGCUCCAGCAUUCGUCAACGGGAAAUACCACAGCUGUAUAAUCACAUAUCCAGAUGAAUGGCACAUGGAUGACAAAGACCAAUGAGAAAAGUCCAGAUGAUUUUCCACAAACUAAUUCUUUAAGCAGUUGAUGUUUUCUGGCAAAAAUAGCAUAAAUACGAUGGAACUUAUGACAACAUGUUGUGCUUGUGUCCUGUCUGGCAAAGUGUAACCUGUCUUCAGCUUCCUAUCAUUAGUGGGAGACUCAGUUUGGAUCUUUGCCUCCACCAUGUGGCACACGGUGAUAAAACAGCAGGUUGAGCAGCCAUGAUUAUUUGGCCGAGUCUCUCUUAUGUACUAUCAGUGACAGCACUACUUUUAAAUACUUUACAACUUGUCUAUUAACAUUUUAAGCUGUAUGGAAAACAUUUAUUCCUCCUCAACUGAGCCUAUGAAUUAGCCAAAGAUAAUUAUAUAUUUGUUUUAAGACUGUAAUAAUUGAAUCUAAUAAUUGUUUUUAUUUGUAGUGUGUUUGGUAACACAUUCACUUUUUGGAGUUUAAUUUCUGAGCCAAUGUGUGCUGUACUGUGCUUGAUGGUCAGUAAGCUAAUGUCAAGAUUUAUAACAUAGCUAUCAUGAUUCUGCAUUUAUCCAAUUAGCAGCAAAAGUAUGACAAAGUGAAUAUUCUAUCUUGGAAACCACCACUUAUUACAUUUGAGAAAAUAAAAUCUGCUUCCAGAGUUAUUUUUGUCCCUAAUUAUCGAGAGUGAUCUAUUAUUUUAGCAACAGUAUGCUGUGUUUCUUCUAAUUUGAAGGUAAAAACAAAAGACAGUGAGAUUGGGAGAUUUGGAGAAAGAAAAAGGGCGGCAGCUCUCUUGACAACUAACUGGUCUUAGGCAGUUCCCACAUAUUUAUUGUUGAAGGCAACUUGCCUUUUCAUCUUGCACAGCUGCCUUUAAUCCUCAGUAGAAAGGCACUAAAUUGGAUUAUAGAAAUACUUUCCUUGUUUUGUAAUGUGGCGAAGUCUUGGGAUAUAGAAUGGAUUACUGCCAGCGCGGCAGCGGCGGUUUGCACCCUGAUAAGCGGCAGCCUGUGAAAUUAGUGUUAUAGUUGGUGAUAUAUUGCAGGCUG